AAAGAGCCCUUUACAUUUAUGUCGGUUGGCAACAUAAAAAUAAAAUAAAAAAAGAUGGUGGAGUGGAUUCUGGAUUCGAUUGGAUGCCGGCCGAAUUGAAUUGAUAGGACGCGUUGUAAAUUUGAUAUAUUUUGUGUGACUUGAGUAUAAUAUGGCUCGCAAUAAAUCGCCAUCAGCAACGUCUGAUAAAGACAAGAAAAAACCAAAGGAUAAGAAGAAAAAGAACGAUUCAGGAUCCAGUAGCAGCGAUAGUAGCGGCAGUUCAUCAGAGAGCAGUUCAUCAAGGUCAUCGUCACGGUCCUCCUCAAGCAGCUCCGGCAGCUCCUCGAGAUCUUCCUCGUCCAGCUCAUCCAGCAGCAGUAGCAAUGACCGCUCCAGGGCCAAGAAGAAGACAUCACCACAGAAGAGUCCAGUGAAGGAUCGUCGAGAGCCAGACCGGGAGAAGCUUCGGGACAGAUCACCACUUGGAGACAAAAAGAAGAUCUCAGCUCCAUCAUCUAAUGACAAGGCUAAAAGCAAGGACAAGCAUGACAGAUCUCCAGCAAGAAAAAAGAGAGAGCGUUCGCCGCCGCCGCGACCCACACGCAUCCACAUCGGGCGGUUGACUCUGAAUGUCACCAAAGACCAUCUUCAAGAGAUAUUCUCGACAUACGGCACUGUAAAAACUAUAGAGUUCCCGAUGGAUCGCCUGCAUCCGCACAACAGUCGCGGAUACGCCUACGUGGAGUUCACGAAUGCCGACGAAGCAGAAAACGCAAUGAAACAUAUGGAUGGAGGGCAGAUCGACGGGCAGGAGAUCACGGCGGCGCCGGUGCUGGUGCCGUCGCGGCCGCGCCGCCCGUCGCCGCGCCCGCCGCCGCGCCACGCGCCGCUCCGCCGACACUCGCCGCCGAGGUACCGCCGCCGCAGCCCCCCGCGACGCCGCUCGCCGCCGCGGCGCCGGCGCUCGCGCUCGCGCUCCCCGCCGUCGCGCCCCGCGCCGCGCCGCCGCCGCUCCAGAUCCCAAGCUCCCACAUCUAUUACAGUCUUAAGAACUGUUUAAGAUACAUUCUCUUGGCGUAUUAAUAAUUUCUUUAAGAUUUCAUAUUGUAAGAAUGUUGGGCAAUUAAAUAAUAGUGUAAAAA